CCCCACCCCACCCCCUCCUCAUCCCUAUAAAUAUUCCCGGCCCGGCUCUUCCCGGAUCCUGCCCGGCCCCGUCCCUCUGCUCCAGGAAUGGCUCCCGAUGGACCCGGAGCCUUCGGCCCCAUCCCCGUCCUCCUCCUCCUCGUCCUCCUCCUCCUCGGCGGAUCCGUCCCGGCGCGGGCGCUGGGCACCGGGAACGGCAGCCAGGAGCUCCCCGAGGAGGACGAGUCGCGGAUCAUCGGUGGCCGCCCGUGCUCCAUGGCCCAGCGGCCGUUCCAGGUGGCGCUGACCAAGCGGGGGCAGAUCCUGUGCGGGGGCAGCCUCGUGGGGGCGCGCUGGGUGCUGACCGCUGCCCACUGCCGCCAGCCGCUCAGGGACCUGCAGGUGCUCAUCGGGACCAACACCCUGCGCGCAGGGACGGGCCAGGUGCGCCGCGUGGCGCGGCUGCAGGUGCACCCCGGCUACGACCCCCGGCGCAACGACAACGACUUCAUGCUGCUGCGCCUGGACGCGCCUGUGCGAUUCCCCUCACCUGUGCCCUCACCUGUGCCCUCACCUGUGCCCUCACCUGUGCCCACCUGCGCAGCCAAGCUGCCGCGGGACCUGCAGUGCGCCUCGGUGCAGACCUUCGGGCCGGAGCAGUGCGCCCGCGCCUACGGCAGCGCCAUCACCCGCAACAUGUUCUGCGCCGGCGUCCCCCAGGGCGGCGUCGACUCCUGCCAGGGGGACUCCGGGGGCCCGCUGGUCUGCGGGGGGCUCCUGCAGGGCGUCGUGUCCUGGGGCAUGGCCGUGUGCGGCCAGCGCGGCCAGCCCGGCGUCUACUCCAACGUGUGCCGGGCCAGCGCCUGGAUCCGCCGCACCGUCCGCGACUGACCGCCAGGGACUGACCAGUGACUGACCAGUGACCACCAGUGAGCACCAGGGACUGACCAGUGACUGACCAGUGACCACCAGUGACCGGGAGUGACCGGGAGUUGGGGGGAAUUGGGGAAAAUAAAGGAAAAUGGCAAAAAAC